AUGACAGAAUCAGAAACUAAAUCGAAAAAGACUCGAACAGGUCAUUUAACGUCACCGACAAAUGUAAAUGCAGCAAAUCAUCUUUCGUAUUUAUUUCAAAUAGCACAUACAGUUUUAUUAACGACGACGGAUUUGAACUUAGUUCGUCAUCUUGUCAAACAGAUUCGUGUACAUGCUCAAAAGAAACAAAUUCGUUUACAUCCGGAAAUGAAACGUUUGUUGUGCCAAUGUUGUAAUAUGAUUCUAUGGGCACCGUUAACUGCGAAUGUCCAUUUUAAUAAACGUAAAACAGGAAUUGUUGUCACUUGUUCGACAUGUGGUCGAUCUCGAACGUAUCCAAAACAGAAUUCUUGGCCAACGGAGCAUGGUGCUCAUACACCGAGCGAUUGGCUUUUUGAUCUCUCAUCUUCCAUGGGUAGAUUUGAUCCUCAAUUUCGUUUUUUAAAAUAUAAACCACCAUCGAAGCUUCCGAGAGCGAUUCUUGCGCCGAAUUAUCGUCUCAAUCAAUUUCAAUUUCGACAAGCAUUACCUGCACGAUUACGAGAUUAUGUCCGUGGUGGCGGAACAAGUGCAUCAGAAUACACUUGUGGUCCAUUGAUGAACAUUAUGUUAACUUGUUUGCAAAAAAAUGAAUAUGAUAAUUUUGGAUGUGAAAAGGAAGUUGCUGAUUUUUAUGCAUGUGUCAACGAAUUUCAAAAAACAAGUGCUGUCGAAAAAGAAAAUCUUAAAGGUGGUGGUGAUCCAGAUAAAGUAGUCAAACAAUUCGCCAAAAAUCGGCAACCAGCUUGGCUAUCGAAUAAACUUUUAAAAACAUACCCAACAUCAUCAUCUGUCGAAUAA